GUCUCCCCCAUUUGGAAAGAAAGCAACACAUGUGAGUUUGUUUCUGCUGCGCUACAGGACACGGAGCGGACAAGUCUGAGUGAGGGGACCGCAGGUAAACGGAAUCUAAGCUUUUUCAGAGAGGAGGGAAGGAAAUCCCCCCCACCCCUCCACACACCCUCCUUUUCACCGUCCGCGACCACCUUUUUCUUUUUUUUUUUCCUCCUCCUCGGACCUCUGUUCUCUUCUGGAGACACAAGUUUCUCACACAAAGAGGGAUGCUGCGUGUUCCCGAGCCGCACUUGCACUCAGAGGGAACCUAAAAGUAGACCGGAGCGGAAUUACACUUCAUCUGAUGCAAGCGCACCAAAGCGGACACUUUUAGUGACUGGAGGAUCAGCGCGCUUUCAUAAAAUGAUCCCAACCGGCGGCGUGAUAACAUGUCGCAUCGCGUCUGAUGUUUGACACAUGUUGAGGAUCGACUAAAGAAGAAACUGGGAGGACAUAACAAAGUCCGAGAAUUCAUCCCGAGCCCUGCUGGCACCUAUUUUUUUUUUUUUUUUUUUUUUUUUUUUUAACUGGAGUCCGAACAACCGAUCGCCGUCCAGAUGCAGUUUCGACUCUUCUCAUUUGCCCUGGUCGUAUUGAACUGUAUGGAGUACAGCAGCUGUCAGGCGCCGUCGCACCGCUGGAGGAGAAACAAGAGAGCUAGCUAUGGAGCGUACCCCAUCUGUAAAGGCUGCUCGGUGUGCUCCAGGGACAACGGCUGUGUAAACUGCCAGCCCAAACUCUUCCUGUUUUUGCGGAGAGAGAGGAUGAGGCAGUAUGGGGAGUGUCUUCACGACUGUCCAGCCGGAUACUACGGCAUGCGCAGCCCUGAACUCAACAUGUGCUCCAGGUGCAGGAUAGAGAACUGUGAGUCCUGCUUCAGCAAAGACUUCUGCACCAAGUGCAAGUCUGGCUUUUACCUACACAACGGGCGCUGCUUUGAUAAGUGCCCCGAGGGCUUCGCCCCGCUGGAGGAAACCAUGGAGUGCGGAGAGGGCUGUGAGGUGGGCCAGUGGAGCGAAUGGGGAGCCUGCACCAGGAGAAACAAAACCUGUGGCUAUAAGUGGGGUCUGGAGACCCGGACGCGGCACAUUGUAAAGAAACCACCCAAGGACACAAUACCCUGUCCCACCAUCGCUGAGUCCAGGAUGUGCAAAAUGGCCAUGAGGCACUGCAGGAGAGAUGGCUCAGGGAAGCAGCGACCCAAAGAACCAAAGAAGAAGAACAAGCAGAGGCUGCGGUUUCGGGCCCAGAACCAGCACAGCGACCACUUGGCCUCCGCACGCUCCAGCCAAUGAGGACUUAAAAACCCGAAACUAGACUUCCCAUUGAACAAA